UUGAGCCGACGCCAUCUUGGAGCUGGCGCUUAGCGAGAGGGGGGGACUGAGGUCGGGCUGGAGGUGCGGGGCUGCCUCCUCUUCUCCCCUCGGCCUGUCGUCAUGGCAACCACCGCAGCCAGCCAAGAAAUGGCAUCAGACGUUCCUUCCUUGGGUGCUGCUUCAGGGGCGUCCGGACCUGGUGCUCAUUCUGGAGGAAGUGUGGUCCCGAGAACGAGCAAGCGGAGACCAGGGCUCGAUUUUGAUGAUGAUGGCGAAGGGAACAAUAAAUUUCUCAGAUGUGAUGAAGACCAGCUCCCAAAUGAUAAGGAAAGGUUUGCAAGGUCUGAUGAUGAGCAGAGUUCAGCGGAUAAGGAAAGACUGGCCAGGGAGAACCACAGUGAAAUCGAGCGGCGGCGGCGGAAUAAGAUGACGGCCUACAUCACGGAGCUGUCCGACAUGGUGCCCAGCUGCAGCGCCCUGGCCCGCAAGCCGGACAAGCUCACCAUCCUGCGGAUGGCGGUCUCGCACAUGAAGUCACUCCGGGGCACCGGCAACACCUCGGCGGACGGGAGCUACAAGCCGUCCUUCCUCACCGACCAGGAGCUCAAGCAUUUGAUCCUGGAGGCAGCGGACGGGUUCCUCUUCAUUGUGUCGUGCGAGACCGGCCGGGUGGUCUAUGUUUCCGACUCGGUGACGCCCGUCCUGAACCAGCCCCAGUCGGAGUGGUUUGGCAGCACCCUCUACGACCAGGUGCACCCCGACGACGUGGAGAAGCUGCGGGAACAGCUGUCCACAUCGGAGAACGCGCUUUCAGGUCGCAUCCUGGAUCUGAAGACGGGGACUGUCAAGAAGGAAGGUCAGCAGUCCAUGAGGAUGUGCAUGGGCUCCCGGCGGUCCUUCAUAUGCCGAAUGAGGUGCGGCAACACCACGGUUGAUCCCGUCUCCAUGAACCGCCUCAGUUUCAUGAGGAACAGGUGCAGGAACGGGUUGGGCACCAUAAAAGAGGGCGAACCUCCUUUCGUUGUGGUCCACUGUACAGGCUACAUCAAAGCCUGGCCACCAGCAGGGGUUUCGCUGCCAGAGGAUGAACCCGAUGCUGGCCAGGGAAGCAAAUUCUGCCUUGUGGCCAUCGGCAGGCUGCAGGUCACAAGCUCACCGAGCUGCGCAGACAUGAACACCGUGUGUCAGCCGACCGAGUUCAUCUCCCGACACAACACCGAAGGGAUCUUCACCUUUGUCGACCACCGCUGUGUCGCCACAGUCAGCUACCAGCCCCAGGAUCUGCUCGGGAAGGACAUUGUGGACUUCUGCCACCCUGAGGACCAGCAGCUUUUGAGGGACAGCUUCCAGCAGGUGGUGAAGUUAAAAGGCCAGGUUCUGUCAGUCAUGUUCCGUUUCCGGUCCAAGAACCGAGAAUGGCUCUGGAUGAGGACUAGCUCCUUCACCUUCCAGAAUCCGUACUCGGAUGAGAUCGAGUACAUCAUCUGUACCAACACGAACGUGAAGAAUGCCAGCCAGGACUCGCGGCCUGCCUUGCCCAGCUCGAUGCAGAGGCCCCAGCUGGGCCCAAAUGUUAGCUUGCCUUUGGAGAUGGGUCCCACACAGCUUGCGGUGAGGCAGCCGCCGGCUCAGCCUUCGGAACUCGAUGUGGUCCCUGGCAGGGAGAGCUUGGCCAGCUAUGAGCACACGCAGACGGCUGUUCAGGCAGGGACUGCCACUGGCCCGGAGCAGAGCAAACCUCUGGAAAAGACAGAGACCCUCUUCAGUCAGGAGCGGGACCCUCGCUUCGGUGAAAUUUACAGUGGCAUCAGCACAGACCAGACAAAAGCCAUUUCUGCCGGCGGCGUGCCUGCCAACCAGUCCCUGUUCUCCCAGGGAAACACCUUUGUCGCCUCACGCCCCACGGAGAACUUCAGGAGCAGCGCCAUGGGGCCUCCGGUGAGCGUCCUUCAGCCGCAGCAGCCACCCCCGCACUCCGCCUCAGCUGGCCAGAUCCUGGCCCAGAUCUCGCGCCACUCCAACCCCGAUCAGGUCAGCGGAACCACGUGGCCUUCGGGAACACGCCCGUCCUUCACGGCCCAACAAGUAGCCUCACAGGCAGUUAAGACUCAGCCCCCAUCCUUUGCUGUGGGUACCUUCCAGGCCACCUCAUCCUCCUUCAGCCCCAUGUCGACCUCCAGUUCCUCAGCCUCGCCGGGCAGGGCGACCUACCCAAGCCUCGCUGGUCGGAACACCAACUUCACUGGAGAGAGUGGGCAGGCCCCGGCCCAGUUCCAGGCACGCACCGCAGAGGGUGUCGGAGUUUGGCCGCAGUGGCAGGGCCAGCACCACGGGCAGACCGCCGGAGAAUCCCACGUCCAGCCGCCGCCGAACCAAGCAGAAGUCUUCCCGGAUAUGUUAUCAAUGCUGGGAGAACAGGGAACUAACUACAACAAUGAAGAAUUUCCCGAGUUGAACAUGUUCCCUUCCUUUUCGGAAUGAGAGAGGGGACCGGUCCGUGUGGACGUCCGCGUGUCCCGUGCGGCUGCCUGGAAUGGAAGGAGCAGCGGUGUGCCUCGCUCGCGCACGUGCGCUCCGACGUCUUUCAGAGACUGCCACAGUCUUCCCCCCUGUCCGAAGCUGGCGCGCCCACCGAGGUGCCGCGAACGGCGGGCAGCCCGUUCCCCACGCAGGCGGGGACUCCGACGCGGCCCCGGCUUGGCCUGCUGUGGAAAAGGUUGGGCUUGGGGAGAGCAAGCCUGAGCUGAACGGGGGUGUGGUGGCGCCUUCCCCGUGCCAGACAAGAGUGGAGAGACUCGGAGAGCUCAUCAGGGAUUUUUAAAAGAUCCGCAGGUGGGUUGUUUUUUUUUUAUAAAAAAACCCCACACUUAUAUGCCAUAGCCUUUAUACAUACAUACAUUUAUAUAUAUAUAUAUAAAUAUAUAUUGUAUUCUUGUUUAUACAUGUCAGGGAGCGGCGGCAGAAUUCGUAGCCGGGCGAUGCUAACCCUUCUCCAACUGUCUGUGAACAUGUAGCCAAACACUUUCUCACGCGUGCGUCUGCGCAUGUGCACUCAUGCGUGCUGUCUUGCACAGAUCUCCCUCAAGCAGUGUUAAUGAAAUACGGGGAGGCACUUUGUUGGCUGGUGCCGUUUCCACGCUCGACCUGCCCCCGCCGGUGGUGCUGGCGCGAUUGCGCGGGUGCGGUGGGCAGGCCUGGCGCGGGGGGCCGGCAGCCACCGGGGGCAGCCGGGGUGACUGCCCAGGGGCACCGCGAGAGGAAGAAGGGCUGGUCUUGGGGGAAGCGGAGGCACCGCGUUCGGAAGGGUGUGUCCAUGAGGAGAUCGGGGCCGGCGCUUCCCUUUCCCUUCCUUCAGGGAGACCCGUUUCCAGCUGUCCACCCUUGGCCGGCAGCUGACUUUGUGGGAUGCUGUCACCUGUUCCGUAACUUAUGCAAUUAAAGUGGGCCCCCGCAAGUGGCA